UUCUGUAAUAUAUUUGUGGUCCUAGAUGGAAUUGUUUUGGUGACCAUUUGUCAGUUGAUAGUUGAGAGCUCAAGGAAUAUACUGAUCGGCUGGAGUUGCCGCCUUUGAAUCUUGGAUUUCCUGUCCCCUAUAACCAAAUGGAACUAGAGUUUGCAGAUGAUGGUGAUUCGGAAUUGCUCUCUGUAGCAUGGAAUCAGGAUGGUGGUUGUUUUGCUGCUGGAACAAGCCAUGGCCUUCGAAUCUAUAACUGUGAUCCACUCAAAGAAAUUUUCAAAUAUGAUCUGAGAGGUGGGGGAAUUAAGAUAGUUGAAAUGCUGUUUUGUUCCAACAUUUUGGCAUUUGUGGGUGGGAAAGACAAUUCAAAAUUCUCCCCUAACAAAGUCAUAAUCUGGGAUGAUAAGCAAAGGCUGUUUAUUGGUGAAUUUUCAUUUGGAUCAGAGGUACGGGCUGUAAAACUGAGACGUGACCGCAUUGUUGUUGUUCUGAAGCACAAGAUCUAUGUCUAUAAUUUCAUUUACCUGAGGCUUCUUCAUCAGAUAGAAACUAUUGCUAACUCAAGGGGACUUUGCUGCCUCUCCCAAAACAUGAAUACCUCUGUCUUGGCUUGUCCUGGUCUUGAACCAGGACAGGUUCGUGUUGAACACUUUGGUCUGGGUAUGGCAAAGUUGAUAAAGGCUCAUGAUGCUCAGUUAGCAUGCUUGGCAUUAACGAUGGAUGGACUUCUUCUAGCUACUGCUAGUACGAAGGGAACCUUAAUAAGAAUCUUCAAUACUAUGGAUGGUACUCGAUUGCAAGAGGUCCGCAGAGGAGUGAUUAGAGCAGACAUUUACAGUAUUGCUCUCUCUCCAAAUGUGCAGUGGUUAGCUGUUUCAAGUAAUAAUGGUACGCUUCACAUAUUCAGUCUUAAAGUUCAGGUGAUGGAAGAUGACUAUGCUAGUGCUGAGCAAAUUCCCGACUCGACUUCCCAAGUUUCUGUACCUUUACUUGAGCCUCUUGUUUCAAGUACGAGUAGAGUCAACCCUUGGUCAUCAUUGUCUCUUAUGAAAGGUUUUCUACCAAAAUGUUUUAGCGAGGAGUGGUCAUUUGCUCAGUUUCACUUACCAAAGUACACAAAGUUCAUUGCUGCAUUUGGGUCUGAAAACACUGUCAUGGUUGUUGGAAGGAAUGGAAGUUUCUACAGGUGCAGUUUUGAUCCCAUUAAUGGCGGGGUGAUGAAGCAGCAGGAAUGUGUCCGCUUCCAUAACCAUCUGCAGCAGGCGAUGUAACAUUCCCUCUCCUUCUAAGAUAGAUAGAUAAGAUUCACAUCCCUAUGCCUCACGGUAAAUAUUCAUGUUUAGAAAGCAAGCAUUUUUCUUGUUGAUAUUCUGCGAAUUAUAGUCCUAGUCUGUAAUUCUACUACUGCUGCCAAGCAUUUCGCCCAAUUAGAGUGAUGCAUACUAGAGCAUAUGCCAUUAGAUACCAGCAAAGUCUUAACAAAUAAUGAAAAUAGGAUAUCUAUGUGAUAGAUUUUUGAAUAUAUAUCUAGCUUUCUUUUC